AAACGUUACUUAGGGCCACAGAAUUGUUACUUAGGGACAGACACAGAAUUGUUACUUAGGGACACAGAAUUGUUACUGAGGGACACAGAAUUGUUACUGAGGGCCACAGAACCGUUACUUAGGGCCACAGAAUCGUUACUUAGGGCCACAGAAACGUUACUUAGGGACACAGAAUUGUUACUCAGGGACACAGAAUUGUUACUGAGGGACACAGAAUUGUUACUGAGGGACACAGAGAAUUGUUACUCAGGGACACAGAAUUGUUACUCAGGGACACACAGAAAUUGUUACUGAGGGACACAGAAUUGUUACUCAGGAACACAGAAUUGUUACUGAGGGACACACAGAAUUGUUACUGAGGGACACAGAAUUGUUACUCAGGGACACAGAAUUGUUACUCAGGGACACACAGAAUUGUUACUGAGGGACACAGAAUUGUUACUGAGGGACACAGAAUUGUUACUGAGGGGACACAGAAUUGUUACUGAGGGACACAGAAUUGUUACUCAGGGACAGACACAGAAUUGUUACUGGGGACACAGAAUUGUUACUGAGGGACACAGAAUUGUUACUGAGGGA